GGCAGAGCGGAGCUGCUGGUGUCAGAGCCCGGAGAGCGCUGGCAGUUCCGCGGUGGGGAUGCUGAGGAGCGCUGGGUUUGCGAGCAGCCCUGGCCACUGCGGACUUCCGAGGCGCUCCGGGCCGUGAAAACCCCUGCGCCGCGAGGCUCCCGAGGCCAUUCACCAUCCAGAAGCCAGACGAGCGGAGAGUCCAGCGCAGCGGCGGCCGUUCCCGGAUCCUGGGCUUUCGGAGUGUUCUGGAACCCCGAGAGACACCCCGGGGCUCUAGAACCUCCCAGCGGCCCGCAGUCCCGGCUUCCUGCGCGCGUCGGUCCGAAAGCCCCUCGGGUGCACGGGCGGUCGGCGAGCCGCGGCUGGGUCCUGGCGCACACCAUGAUCGUUGCGGACCCCGAGUGCCGCGCCGAGCUGAAGGGCUACCUGCCCGGGGCCGGAGAGGAGCAGAGGGAGAGCCGGGCUCGGCGAGGCCCUCGAGGGCCCAGCGCCUUCAUUCCAGUGGAGGAGGUCCUUCGGGAGGGAGCCGAGAGCCUUGAGCAACACCUGGGGCUGGAGGCGCUGAUGUCCUCCGGGCGGGUGGACAACCUGGCAGUGGUGAUGGGCCUGCACCCCGACUACUUUACCAGCUUUUGGCGCCUCCACUACCUGCUGCUGCACACGGACGGGCCCUUGGCCAAUUCCUGGCGCCACUACAUCGCCAUCAUGGCCGCCGCCCGCCACCAGUGUUCCUACCUGGUGGGCUCCCACAUGGCUGAGUUUCUGCAGACUGGCGGUGACCCUGAGUGGCUGCUUGGCCUCCACCGUGCCCCUGAGAAGCUGCGCAAGCUCAGCGAGAUCAACAAGCUGCUGGCACAUCGGCCGUGGCUCAUCACCAAGGAGCACAUCCAGGCCUUGCUGAAGACAGGCGAGCACAGCUGGUCCCUGGCCGAGCUCAUCCAGGCCCUGGUCCUGCUCACCCACUGCCACUCGCUAGCCUCCUUCGUGUUCGGCUGCGGCAUCCUCCCUGAGGGGGACCCCGAGGGCAGCCCCGCCCCCCAGGCCCCUUCGCCCCCCAGUGAGCAGAGCACACCCCCCAGCAGGGACCCACUGAACCACUCUGGGGGCUUUGAGGCCGCCCGCGACGUGGAAGCUUUGAUGGAGCGCAUGAGGCAGCUGCAGGAGAGCCUGCUGCGGGAUGAGGGGGCCUCCCAGGAGGAGAUGGAGAGCCGCUUCGAGCUGGAGAAGUCAGAGAGCCUGCUGGUGACCCCCUCAGCGGACAUCCUGGAGCCCUCUCCAAACUCAGACAUGCUGUGCUUUGUGGAAGACCCCACUUUCGGAUACGAGGACUUCACCCGGCGGGGGACUCAGGCGCCCCCCACCUUCCGCGCCCAGGAUUAUACCUGGGAGGACCAUGGCUAUUCACUGAUCCAGCGGCUCUACCCCGAGGGUGGGCAGCUGCUGGAUGAGAAGUUCCAGGCAGCCUAUAGCCUCACCUACAACACCAUCGCCAUGCACAGUGGAGUAGAUACCUCCAUGCUCCGCAGGGCCAUCUGGAAUUACAUCCACUGCGUCUUUGGCAUCCGAUACGAUGACUAUGACUACGGGGAGGUGAACCAGCUCCUGGAGCGGAACCUCAAGGUCUAUAUCAAGACAGUGGCCUGCUAUCCAGAGAAGACCACCCGAAGAAUGUACAACCACUUCUGGAGGCACUUCCGCCACUCAGAGAAGGUCCACGUGAACUUGCUGCUUCUGGAGGCCCGCAUGCAAGCCGCCCUGCUCUAUGCCCUCCGCGCCAUCACCCGCUACAUGACCUGACUCAUGUGCAGGACCUGGGCCUGGAGCAGCUGACCCUGGGGGCAUCCUUCUCCCUGCAAGGACUUCUCUGUCUGGAGGCAGACCCUAAGCCUGCCUGUCCCACGCCCACCCACCCUAUUCUGGUGGUGGGCCUGUGUGUGAUGUGCAGCCCCCGAGCCACACCCUCCUUCUCACUGGAAUGGACAGGAUCAUUGCACUGACUCUGGGAUCUCAGCUCUGCCCCUGGGAGCUGGAAGAGGACUAGCAAAUCUCCAGGUGCCAAGGCCCUUCUUCCUGCCCCUACCCUCAGAGGCCAAGGGCACAGGAAGGAAAAUGAGCUGAGCUCAGACUUGUGUGCCAGCAGGCGGGGGCCCGGGCAGCACAAGUACUUUGGCCUUCCUGGCCUGGGAAGUCCCUGGCUGGCCCCCAAGGGAGAGGGGCAAACACCUCCAGGGACUGACACUCCAAGCGGCUUUGCCUUUCUUCCUGCUUCCUCAUUCUCAGACUUCAUUACCUCCCACCUGCCAUUCAUCCAUCAAUGUGAAAGUCAAGGUCACAGCUGGUUUGUGCAUCCGGCUCCCCAAAAGCCUGUUCCGUUAGGCAGCCUGCAGGCCUUUUGUUCCCUGGUUGCCCCAGUCCUAGUUCAGUUCCUUUGACCCCCUUUGUUUGCCGUUUUACCCUUUUCUCCCACACCUAGUGGUAUGAGGCCCCAGGAGAGAGACCAAGCACAUCAAACAAGCAGAUUAUCUCUAGAGAGUUUGGACUCUCUGUUGGUCACUUUGCCUUUAGAAGAGGAGGGAGUAUUAUAUUAUACAUUCUCUGUAUUUUGGGGGUUUUUUUGCUUUUUUUUUUUUUGUUUUUUGUAUUUUGGUUUUUUAUGGGUGAGGUUCUUCAGGGCCUCAACCCUAGAGCCAUAGUCAGUGUCUGAGAGAAGGACAGGGAAAAGUCUGUCCUCCCCAGAGCUGCACCUGCCCUGCAGAAGCUGGCACCCCACUUUGCUAUCUCCCAUGGCUCUGCCACAAACAUUUGCCAAAAAAGCAAGCCUUUCUAGGUGGUUUAAGUGGCACAUGGCUCAAGGGGAGAGGCAGGAGACCCCAGGGUUCUUGUGUGGGCCCUGGCACUGGCCAGGUGACCUCCAUUUCCACAGUUGCAGACUGAGGGGUAGUUUCUGAGAUAUUUGAGCCUUCACUCAGAUUCUGAGGCCAGCAGCCAACUGCAAUCCUUGCAGGAUCUCGAGGGCUUCUGGGGAGCCCCCCCCCCCUCUUGUAGUCAGUCUCUCCGGGCUACCUGCCAAGGACCUCCCCACCCCCAUCCCAAUUUCUGUCCCUUCUCCUCAAUUUUAGGUGGGUUGCUUGGAGGCAGAAGCAGCCGAGGACUGAUCCCAGGCACUUUCUGUAGCAAACAAGCUGUGAAUUAUGACUUCCCUUGCCCUUCUUCCGGCAGUAAGUGCCUCCCCUCUGACCAGUUGGGAGGUGACUGAAGAAAGGCAAGGGCCAAGCUGCUGCUGCUUCUGACCCUCCUCUCUGGGGUGGGGCAGGAGAGGAGCCUGGUCAUUGUGCCACAUUUCAUACCCGUGCAGGCAUGGGCAAGCGACUGGCACCCCCUUCAGGCCUCCAAGCCCUCCCUGCAAUGAAGCUGGGCAGGAGAGAAGAGGCCCCGGCAUUGGGGUUUGGAUUCCAGAGGGGACAAGAUGACUGUACACGUCCCCGGGUGGGUGGGGAGGAGUAUUCAGUGUUCAAGUGCAGAAAUCUUUGCCUUUGCUACCAGUUCUGUAUGAUGAGAAAUAAAAGUUCACUGAGGUUUUGUUUUGUA